GCAGAGUUCGGGGGGUGGGAGUCCCUACAGUGAACAUGUUCAAACAUUUUUUUAUAAUAAAGGCUGGGGGUAGGGGGGAGAAGGGGUGGUACAACUUCGGCCCUCGGUCGUCCAGUAAAGGGAAUAGGAGUUUAUUCUCUGCUGGACCGUCAUCCAUCAAAGGGUGGAAAGAAAAAUUAUUCUUUGUGGAUGACACCGAGUGGAGUAGGAGGGAUGCCAAAGUGGAACAAUUGUCUACUUGGAAAGCGAAGAAAACCAAGCAGAACAACUAUAAGUUGAAUGAGGAUAAGGUGGAGGAGGUGAAGGAGGUGGAGAAGUUGGUGAAGGAAGAUGGAGACGUAGUGGAUAUCUUGUACCUCACCAGUCCGAAGGCAAUAGAGGCUGCUGAGCUCUAUGGGCCAAGCUCAUUGAGCGAAGUUGAAAUGGACGAGUUCGUUAAUGCGGCUGGGGGCCUGCACAUCCCAAAGAAGCCAAGGAAGAAGUCAAAGACUUCAACUGCGGCGGAGAAGGGGGUGGCAGAGAGGGGGCGACUGUCCAGCACUUCUGCCCGGGCUGUGGAGGUGCAGCCAAGGCCGGAGCCUGUGAUGGGGGGUAGCGAGGAUGUAAGUGAGGAGAUGGCACCUCUCCAGAGGAAGAAGAGGAGGGUGGCAGAGCCAGAAGCCAGGGGGGACGAGGUGGUGGAGUUCAUGCCUCGGCCUUCUCCUCCAGAAAUCAACCUUGAAGACAGGGAGAGGGAAGAGGUCGAGGUGCGAAGCCUUGGUGGGGGCAAGGAGCGCAUCCCUCCUCAUGCGUACCAGAAGAGUUUGUUUGAGGUGACAAACAUGACUGGGGUGAAGCACUUCCUCAACUCUACUGUUCCUGAGGUGGAUAGGAUGCAGGCAAAGGACGAGGUGGUUAGCCAUGUGGGGUAUACCGUUUUGAGGCACGCCCUAGAGCUGGACAAACGCUCUAGCGCAGGAGUAUGCAGAGAGCGUGAGAGAUCGAGCCAGCUUGCAGAGGCAGUGCGAGCAGCUGCAGAAGGAGAAGGAUGAGCUGUAGAAGGAGAAGAGGGAG